CUUCGUUUCAACUUUCACCAACGUUUAUCACGGUUUUGUGAAUAUCGAUACACAACAAACCCGUAUGCGGAUCUCUCAUUGCUUGGCCCCAUGAGACAAGCUUAAGCCUUAGAUAGGUGGGCAUCCAAAUGGACAUCGUUCAUACCUAAUAUGUGAAUGCACAUGUGGACAGGACGGUGCGAUCCGGAGUGGAGAUGCGUCCGCCCAACCGGUAAUCACAAGGUCACCACCUACAAGGACCCUCACAGUUGAAUGAAAAGGCCAGCCCAAGUAGGAUUCCCAAUUUCUGGGUAUUCAGGAUGCCCACCGCCGCAAAGGAUGCUUCCGACAUACAAGACUUCCGCCACAUAGAGAAGACACCCAAAGACCUGUAUUCUCUAGAUAGCCAGUCCGCAGAUCUAGCGGUCUGUGUUUUCACAGCUCCUCCUCCUACCGGGAUCGAUGCAGAAGUUGCAGAAUUCUUCGCGAGCCUCGCCCCUGACACGUCGAAGGGUGGCAAGGCCGUCGUAAUUGACGAUGCGACCAACAGAAGAUUGAGAUGGAUGAUUCAUAAACGCGUCUUGGUCGUCAUGAUUGUCACGUACUUCUGCCAAACUUUGGACAAGGGAACCAUGAGUUUCGCAUCCAUCAUGGGUAUCACCGCCGAUACCCACCUCGUCGGUCAAGAAUAUGCGUGGCUCACGACAUGUGGUAGAUUGUAUUCCUUUGUUGUCCGAAUCACCAAUUUGAUUAGUUUGUCUUCUUUCCCUCAAGUCUACAUUGCAAUCCUUGUGUGGGAGUUUCCAACGAAUAGGCUCAUACAGCGACUGCCAGUUGGAAAAUAUCUGGCGUUCAGUAUCUCUGCGUGGGGUGCUGUCUUGGCAUGUUCGGCAGCUUGUACAAACUUCACUGGACUAGUCAUUGUCAGAACUCUCCUCGGAAUAUUCGAAUGUGUCUGUCAGCCAGCUUUUGUGUUUGUGUCAACAAUGUGGUAUACCCGAGACGAACAAGCUUUGGUUAUCGGUUCAUUUUACUCCAUGAAUGGCUUUCAGCAAUGUGUCGGAGGACUGAUCGCGUACGGAAUAGCGCAUAUUCAGCACGCUAAAUUGAAGAACUGGCAAAUAUUCUUCGCAGUGAGGUGGUUAACUCUCAUGUCUAUCUGCUCCGCUGAUCCAGUCCAACAGCUGCUUGGAUGUAUCACCUUCGUCUGGGGAAUCUUCGUCGCCUGGUGGCUCCCAGAUAGUCCAAUGAGAGCCAAGUGCUUCUCCCCUGAAGACCGUAUACUCAUGGCGGAACGGGUAAGGAAAAAUGAGACCGGGAUACAGAAUAAAGAAUUCAAAUUAUAUCAAGCAGUUGAAGCGUUCAAAGAUCCUAUCGUGUGGUCAGUAACUUUGAUAUCCUUCACAAAUGGCUUGCCGACCGGGGGUUUGGGUGCUUUCUCCAAUCUCAUCAUCACUGCUUUCGGAUAUACUCAACUACAGACGUAUCUUUUGGCUAUCGCACAAGGCAUAAUUAUCAUGACCGCCUUAUUCAGUGGAGCUUACCUUUCAAAACGAUAUGGCCAAAAACUGGUGCUUGCUUUUAUCUAUACUCUUCCUAACAUCGCUGGGACCAUUGUGUUCUUAUCUGUUCCAACUACUUCGGAAACGAAGGUUGGGCUUCUGAUUGCAUUCUACUGCACACAAGUCUUUGGAGCAGUUGCCGUACUCAACCUUUCGGUGAUGAGCGGUAAUGUAGCCGGUAGGACCAAACAAGUCGUUGCUUCUUCUCUGGUUUUUAUUGCAUGGGCCACUGGAAAUGCUGCGGGUCCUCAAGUGUUUAGAGCGAACGAUGCCCCACGCUAUGUCAAGGCAUUCAUCGUCCAUAUUGUAAUAUAUGGAAUCCAGUUGGUGGUUAUCGGCCUCUUGCGUUUACAUUUGAUGCGACGAAACCAGUCCAAGAGGUUGGCUCAGUCUCUUCAGGAAACUAGUGUGAGCGGUGAAGAUUCGAAUGAAUAUCUUGAUCACAAAAGAGCAUUUGAAGAUUUGACAGACAUAGAGAACCCAAAUUUUUUCGAAGUCGAUAUGUCCACCGCGAACGCCCAGCUUUUCGAAAUUUACUCGUGUAUACCUGUGUUAUUUCUGCCCGAAUCUCUUCGUACCAUCUACUCCAUCUAG